AUGUCCCUGAGAGCCAAGGAGGCAAGUACUGUGUCUUCCUGCAAACAGGAGAGACACAGCAUGGGCGAGCUCACACGCUGCCAGCGCCCGCGGCUCCGGUUUCAGAGUGGGAAGCGGCUCUGCGCGGAUCCGGCACAAAGAGGCCCCUGUCCCCGCGGCGGAGCGGAGGCGCGGGCUCCAGAGGGAGGGAGGGAGGGGGAGCCUCGGCAGCCCCCAGUGACGGGGCGGCGGCAGCGGGCCGGCCCCGGGAGGCCGGCGGCGGGGCACCCGGCGAAGCUUAGGAACGCAAAGGGAGCGAAACUCUGGCAAGAGCUUCUCCAGCCCCUCGCGAACAACCCGCCGGGACCGCAGCCCUGCCGCCCUUCCCAGCCCCGCGCGCCGCCGCUCCCGCACCUACCGGGGGUCUCCGCUGCGCCUCCAGACGAACCGCACCGAGCCGCCUCCCAGUCCCCUCCUGCCCACAGCCAGCGCCCAGCCGGGUACCGCCUCCCCCACCCGCCCCCUUUCCAUGAGGAAACUUUUCCCUCGCAGUUGCCAGCGCGUCCCAAGACGCGCUGCCCGCCGCGAGAAGGCGGCGACGGGACCAGGACGGGCUCCGCCGCCAGGGCCACCAGGACCCCCGGCACCCCACAGGGCACAGGACCAAAAGGCGCCGGGCCCGGGAGAGCGGAGCCCGCAGCAGUGACCCCGCCGCUUACCUCGCAGGCGGCGUGGCACGGCGGAACGCGCGGCGGGCAGCGGCCACCUAGGGGAGGGACUGGUUGA